AUGGUGUCUCCUGCCAUCGCUCUGGCCUUUAUUCCCCUCCUGCUGACACUGCUCAUCAGGUACCGUUACUACUUUGUGCUGUUCUACCGGGCCAUCCUGGUCAGGAUAUGGAAGGACUGUGUUACUGGUCUGAGUCGAGAGGAGCGUGCUUACCAGUAUGUCCUCACCACUGCCACCCCCGGAGAUCCUGACAGCAUCCUGGACGCAUUCGAUGUCUGGUGCAACAAGGUGGAGUUCAUCAGCAACAUUGGGCCUAAAAAGGGGAAGAUCCUUGACCGUAUGCUGAUGGAGCAGGGUCCUUUGACGGUGCUGGAGCUGGGAGCCCACUGCGGGUACAGCACCGUGCGGAUCGCCCGGGCUCUGCCCCUGGGUGCCAGGCUCUACAGUGUCGAGAUGGACCAGAGGAAUGCUGCCAUCGCUGAGAAAAUCGUCCGCCUGGCAGGGUUUGAUGAUGACACAGUGAGGAAGCAAAAAUAUUUGACCUAUUCACUGUAUAUCAAAUGCAUUCAUUUUAUUUUAUGUAUUGAAUAUGGAAAGUACUACACCACCGAGACAUCCACGCUGUGUGUUCUCAAGGUGGAGCUCAUCGUGAAUCCAUCUGAUGAGGUGAUCCCUCGGCUGCGGUCUGACUAUGGUUUAGACAGGCUGGAUUUCGUCUUCAUGGACCACUGGAAGAAAUCCUACUGCCCGGAUCUGCAGAUGCUGGAGGGCUCUGGUCUGCUGGGAAAGGGAUCUAUGAUCGUGGCUGAUAACGUGCUGUUUCCUGGGGCUCCAAAGUUCCUCAGACACAUUCGCAAGAGUGGCCUGUAUGAGUGGAAGAUCCACCGGGCCACACUGGAGUACAGCAAAGGCAUCAGGGAUGGGAUGGCUGAGCUGGUGUACCAGGGAAUCAAGUAGAUCAUGCGAACUGGGAUUCACACCGUCGCAAAUAUAUUUUUGGAGAAGAAAGGGGAUGAAGUGAUAAUGGUAUAUGCAACAUUAUAAAUAUGAUGGUAAAAAUUGCUGUAAAUUCUUGCAAAGAAAGCGACAUUCACCUGAAAUUUAUUUUCUCUCAUUUGAAUUCUAUAUCAACCUAUGAUCUCAACUCACGUCACUGCCAGCGCCCUCUCCUGGGUAAAAGAAAGAGAGAGAGAGAGAAACGAUCCCUGAUCACUUGUCACCACCCAGUCAUAAUCUGCUGUCAGCUUUCCAAUAAAAGCUUGUCAGGAGAGAAAAAAAAGGAUAUCUGAUUUUUAUUUAAACACACAGUGACUGCCAAAUUUGGAAGAAAAACAUCACGAAAUGUGUAAAGUGAAUUUUGAUGAAUUUAUAAUAAAUGCCCUUUUUAAC